CGCGGCGGUGAUUCGUUAAAACCUUCAAACUAAGCCUGGCGACUCCACGGGGGCGCGCAGCGCCGGUCGCAGGCAGGUUGACACACUUUCCUGUUCCACUGCCUGUCACAUGCAGCUGGAGCGGCUGUGGUCCGGACGCCGCACGGCCAUCAGGUGCUCCACAGGAGGCUGGAUGCAGAGCUGAAAACUGCUGCAGGAAACCUGAGAGCUCUGGUUACCAGGACGGAAUUAGAAAGAGGAAAAACAGUGAGCGGAUGCGUGUUGUUUGACCUGAGCAGAGCUGAUCCGGUGUGCGGUCCUUGUAGUCACUGAGGUCAGCUGCAGUCUCCUGUGGGCUGGAGCCCGAGCGCGGACAGCGGGUACUGCGGCUGUAGACUGAGAGCAGCGUGCGCUGAAGCUUCCCCUCCGAGAAUAAAGCGGGAUUAAAGUAUCUGGUGGUUUGGACUGAGGCAGCAGCGGCUGUAGUUGUUGAUAACAUUCAACAAGCUUUCAAAAACGAAAUGGGCAAAGGAGUCCCGGUCACCUUAUAAGAUGUUUCUUCACCACAGAGAAAGGGAGCAGCCGAUAUUCAGCACCCGUGCCCAUGUUUUCCAGAUUGACCCCACCACCAAGAGGAACUGGAUACCUGCUAGCAAGCAUGCUGUCACAGUGUCCUUCUUCUACGAUGCCAACCGCAAUGCCUACCGUAUUAUUAGUUUGGGUGGAACCAAAGCAAUUAUUAACUGCACUGUUACACCAAGCAUGACAUUUACUAAGACAUCUCAGAAGUUUGGCCAAUGGGCCGACAGCAGAGCCAACACCGUCUAUGGACUGGGUUUUGCCACUGAACAGCAGUUGCAUCAGUUUUCAGAGAAAUUCAAGGAAGUUAAAGAUGCUGCUCGUUUGGCCCGAGAGAAAUCUCAGGACAAAGAACUAGCCAACACUGCACUCACGAUUGCUGCCCCUCAGUUCUCACAGGACCUCUCGGAUGAACUCCAGUCUCCUCCAUUGAUGUGUGUGAAUGGGCCAGAGGACAAGUUGUUUCGCAGCCAGAGUGCAGAUAUCACCCUGGCCUCUGAGAAGGAGAGGAUUAAGAAGAUGCUCUCUGAAGGAUCUAUUUGUGAGAUUAACCUCGAAGCUGAGCUUUUCACUCUACAGGACAGCAACUCCAAGUUGGUGGCGGCUUUGCAUGAGGCUAAUGCUAAUGUGGAGCAAUGGAAGAAACAGCUGGCUGCAUAUCAGGGGGAGACUGAAAGGCUUAGAGAACAGGUGGCUGAACUGGAAACCCAUGGAGGUCAGGGACCCAGUGACUUGCUGAAGGAUGAACUUACCCAGUCACUGGAGGAGCUGGAGGCCUUACUGAAGGCCAAAGAUGAGGAGAUUCACAUAUUACAAUGUAAGAAGGCAGAGUAUCAUGAGAUGGAAAAUGAGCGGGAUGAAGCCAUUCUCAGAUUAAGGGAAAUGGAGAUGCGAAGCUCAGAGUUGGAGCGGCGCAUCCAGAACACAGAGCAGAACCUAAGUAAUUCCCUGGAGGAUCGGGAUCGUAUGGAUGCUGAGAUCCAGAGGGCCAUAGAAAUACUGGACAUUAAGAUCUUUGAUCUCAAUGAUCUUCGGCAGAGCCUUGUUAAACUUCUUGACAAAUAAGAAGGGCUUAGGAAAGACAUCAACAUGGAAACAACUGAGAGAAUAGGAACAUCUAACAGGGUUGCAUUUCCUACAGUCAUGGCAACAAGCAAAGUGAAAAGGGUUGAGCUGAUCCCUGUGCUUCAGAGCACAUGGAUCACUGUGGGAAAGUGAGAGUCACUCCACAUCUGUGUUAACCCAGUGGCUGUCAUUUAUUCAACAACAACAUCAACAACAAGUAGAGGCCUAAGAAAAAACAUAUGCUUCUAAGAUCUAAUGUAUGGUUUCAUCAAUGCAAUAAUCCAACUUUAAAUAAGUGCUUUACAAUGAUAGAAUUUUACUGGUGCUUGUGUUUUUCUGUACGACUUUUGUAAAAAAUAAAUAAAUAAAAAAGAUGGCAAAGCAGUGACAGAAUAAAUAUUAGGCUCUUUUGUUCUUUAGAACAUUUUCAGACUAUAGGAACAGGAAAAGGAGCAAAAUGCUCAGAUUUUUUUUUUGCUCUUUAUUUCUUAAAAUAAAGAGCAAAAGAAAAUCUUAGACUUGCCUAUUUACGAUUUAUUAAAUAACUCAAGUUACAUAGAUAAUCUUGUAGUUAAACAUGUCCAAUAUACUGGGAAUUCAUUGAACUGUAGCUUCAGUUUUCUAUGUAAAUGAUGGAUGUUUUUCAACACUAAAGAAAGAAAAUAGAUUGUAGUAUUAUUUGAUGGAUGGAAAUGCAAGAUUUUGCCACCAAAAAUAAUUAAGACCCUUCAGCAGCUUGUUUAUAAUUGCAUCCUUAUUAAGGUUAAUGACAGCUUUAAUUAAUAAGUCAGAGUAACUAAAGACUGUGUUAAUAUAGAGAAUUUAAGCAAAAAAUAAAACAGGAUAAAUAAGAAUGUGACUUAAAAGCUCAACACAAUCAUAUUUAUUAUUUUACUGGCUUUAGGAAUGGCCCAUUUUGAGCAUUAUUUUCUGUGCGUUAUCCUAAAACUUAACUAUACUAACCUUUAGGUUAAGGCUUGUCAUUUCAAUGAACAUAUGAAAUUUUAAAGUUUGAGUUUUUGGCCUUUAAUAUUUCAUUUAUGUUCCUCAUUUCUCUUAUUUAUUUCACUUUGACUUGUGAGCCAGGAGCAUUUCAGAGUUUGUCUGUGCUGUAAGAAUAAGUCAGUUAUAUGUUAUGUUUAAUUUGUAGAAUUGUUACUCAGACUUUAUCAUUUAAAAUGGUCUUGUUUGCAUGAUUUUUCUUCAAGCCUUACUGAUCACCUUUUAGAAUGGUAGUGAGGAGAUUCAACAGCAUUGUCCUAAACUCUGAGUUAUCAGGGUGGAAAUAAAAGCUAAAAUACUU